UGAUUGAAUUAAUCAAUUGAUUAUAUAAAUUGAUUUCAUAUAUGAAUGUAUGAUUCAAUUGAAUUAAUUGUUGUCUUCAGAGGUUUCCUGAUAUGCAGACAAUGGUUUUGUUUGGAUCACUUGAAUGACAGACAAAAUGUUUUAUCAUUUGAUAAGCAGAUCAAAGUAAAAUUGAUCUCAGAUUUGGUUCAAACCAUAAUCUUUAGCCGAAAACUUGUGUUUUGCAGUAAUUAUCGGACACUAGUCUUCAAACAUAUCCGACAACAAGUGCUCAAUAUUUGUCCGAAGUUUGCUUCAUCGGUAACCGGCAUUUGCGCUGUCAAUGAAAUCACCAAAACUAAUGUUUUGCUAAAAAUAAAGUUGAGAUCUAUUGAUCACCAGUUGGUUAUUGACAAGAGUUGGAACCGUCGCUUAACAGCGUUGGUAUCGCUUCGGUAUGAAGUGGACGACAACUUUUCAUGGCUGUCCACUUUAGGUGGUGCCUACUCUUCACUCGGUGAAUACGAUGUCAAUUGUGCUAUAAAAGCGGGACAGAUAUCAGUAUCGCAGUUACGUUUGGCCGGUCUUACGGGUGAUCCAAAUCUGGUGGCAAAAUGUGGUAUAUUUAUGGUUUAUAGUCUGUGUCAACAACACAGAAGAUGGGAAGCAAUAAAACUAAUCCGAAGAACUCUAUACCCAUUCAUUACUCGCAUACAGUUUUGCGACCAAACACUUAAAGCUAUGUAUUCAGCACUUUGUUAUCACACUGUUAUUGGACUCAACAAUAAUGGGAACAUGUAUUUCAUAUAA